AUCACUUCACUUCACACACUCCAAACUUCAUCCUUUCGCUUAUCUCUCUCUCUCUCUACUCUCUCCUCUUUUGUUCCUUUCCCGGCUCUUCUUGGAAAAGAAAACUCUUUCUGCACUGCACCUACCUAAUACUCCAACUCUUCUCUGCACUUUCCUCUGUCAUUUUCAUAUUUACCUUCUUAUUAAUCUCCAAACCCUUUCAAACUCAGCUCUUUUCGUUUAUCUCAGUAAUGCACUGUUCAUCCACUCUCACUACACUAUUCACUAGUUACCCUACUUACACAGCUCCCUCUCCAUAAUAACUUGGAUCAUAUAUGCUCUAAUUACAGAACCUCAUGUAUCAUAUCUCUACUUGAACUCUGCUUUCUCCUAAGAAACUUACUUGCUUGGGUGUAAUAUACGUCAUAUCCAGACCCCACUUAAGUUCACCAAGUCAUGGAAGCAGUUUACAGGUUGAAACCCCUUUUGCCUUGUGUUGAGGAUGUGCUUAGAGUUGGGAACGCUGCCGUUACUACUACUUCUGAUAUGCGUCUAGGAACAACAGCUAAUUGUUACCUGCAGCUAGAAGCACCUGAACCCAACGUAACCGAGUUAGAUAUGACGGAUCGGAUGGUCAAGAUCCAGAUCGCCGAUCACCCUCUUUAUCCAGAUUUACUCUCUGCAUACAUAGAAUGCCGAAAGGUCGGAGCGCCGCCGGAACUGGCGUGCCUUCUUGAAGAAAUAGGCCGAGAAAGCCACCGCAUGAAUGUUCGCCGCGAGAAAGGGGACGGUUCUGAACUUGACCAGUUCAUGGAAACGUACUGCGAAGUGCUUCAUAGAUACAAGGAGGAGUUGUCCAGGCCCUUCAAUGAAGCGACUUUGUUUUUGGGAAACAUGGAAUCACAACUGAGCAACCUUUGUAAUGGAACACUGAUAAAGUCACCCGAUAACAACCGCUCCGAUGAAGUAGGUGGUGGGGCAUCAGAGGAAGAAUUAAGUUGUGGAGAGAUGGAAGAAGUUGAAGGUCGUAUAUCUUCUUCUUUAAGUUGCCCAGGUGAUCAAAAUCUCAAGGAGAUGCUCCUUCGCAAAUACAGUGGCCAUUUUAGCACUUUGAGAAAGGAAUUUCUGAAACGAAGAAAAAAGGGUAAGCUACCAAAGGAUUCAAAGAUGGCACUCAUGGACUGGUGGAACACCCAUCAUCGAUGGCCAUAUCCUACGGAGGAGGAGAAGGUGAAGUUAUCAGAAGUGACUGGACUGGACCAAAAGCAGAUAAAUAAUUGGUUCAUCAAUCAGAGAAAACGGCAUUGGAAACCAACUGAGGACAUGCGAUUUGCCGUCAUGGAUGGGUUAAGUGGUGUUGGUGGAGGAGCUAUGUUCAUUUAGUUCUGCAACUUGCAAGAGUUCUUCAACCAUCUCACUUCACAAUGUGCUAAAUUUUGGACUUUUUGAAGUAUACGUUUACAUAAUAUAAUUAUCAAAGUUGUAGUUAUGUCAGUGUAAUGCAUCAUUGUUGUCCAGCAUUCCGGAGUUGUUCUUUAUUUUAUGCCAAUAUGGCGCUGAAGAAAAUGUCUCUUUUCGCUAGAAAUUACUGAGCUUAGUGACUGUUAAUUCUUAUGUAUGUAUGAAUGGCGAUAAAUAUUAUACUACAGAAAUGUUAUUCUUGAUUGAAAGAGAAA